GUUCGGGAAAGUUGUCAAUAAUAAAUAUUUAUAUGCACAUGUCAGUGACGGUUAUACAAAAGGCGACCUUGAUAUUGCAAUCUGUGUUAGAAUGCUUUUGUAGUUUGCCUUUAUUACUGAGGAGAAAUAUUUAUGAAGCUAAACGGUAACGUCAAAACACUAUGAAGAAACAUUUUAAUGUCUCACUGGUUGUGCCUGUGAUGAAAAAAGGAACGGGGAAGACUGUAGCAACAUCAAAUGACUAUAAUUAUCUCUUAAGAAGGUUCGGCCUUGCUUCAGAUAAGAAGACAGAGUCUCAAAACCCAUUUGUUGUUCCCACGGAUAUUGACAUUUUCAAAAGAAGAGUAGAAGAAAGCCAUGAGAAACAGCAAGAGAAAGUAUUUCAGAGCAAACUGCCUGUUCAUGAGAAGACCACCCUGCUUUACCGCCGCAGAUGCCACUCUGCCCCAUUACGGGAGCUCAGAGAGGAGCCAGAAUAUGAAACAAACCAAUCCAAAAGAGAUAAAGCCAAAUGGACAACAGUUAUUUCAAAUGGCCGCUGUAAAGAAAAGGAGAGCAUACAGGAUUAUAAAGAUGAACAAAAAGAAAUGUUCAUGGCGCAGUAUGCAUUGGCAGUUAAAAAAGAAACCAUUCGAAAGAUGAAGAGAGACUCAGAGCAUGCAAUGCGCAAAAUGAAACAGGCAGAACUGGAUCUUGAGGAGGAUGCAGUGGCCUUUGAGGAAUUCCUCAAACUAAACGAUCAAAGUUCUGUGGAGGCUGUAAAACUGGCAGAGAAGGAAACUAUGGCUAAAUUGGAGAAAACCGCAGAGAUUAAAAAAGUGACGUCAGAAAUGAUGACUGUCAAAAGUGACAUUUCGAGGCACCAGGAGGUGCUAAAUGAGUACGGAAUAUACAGGAAGUUCCUCACAGCUUUGGCGCCGCCCGAGUUUAGAGACGAGCAGAAGCGCAAAAGAGAGGAAAGGAGACGGGUGAAGUUAUCUGGGCUGAGAGAUAAGGCCGUUCACCAACAUCUGCAAUCUGCCAAAGGGGAUAAGCAACCAAGCAUGGCCCUUACAAGACAAAAUUCAAAGAUGUUGAAGACAAUGCCGACUAGACCUUCCAUGAAUACAAGAAGACCGUCUGGUCUUCAAGGGAAGAAAAACUCACUUCCUGAAAUAGCUGAGGAACCAAAAUAUGAAUCUGAUGUUUUUGAGAGCGAUGAGGAGCCUGAGAUCUACUUCACAGACCCGCAAGAGAUGCUGAAUAUCUUGGCUGACUUGGAGGAACAAAAUCUCUCCUACAUCCAGAAUUUUCAGGAGACAGAGGAGGCAACGGAAGAGUUCCGCUGUCAAGUUCUAAUGACACAGAAGAAAAUGAAAAGUCAGACGGAAAUACUUGAGAAACAAAUUGAAAUUAUUCAGGCUGCCAUUGAGAGAGAAAAGGAGAAGACCCAAGAGUUACAACUGAAGUCAAAAAUCUUCUCUUUUGGGGAGUUCAGAGCUGAUAAACAGGAUUCUAUGCUUGAUCAGCUUCAUAAAAAAGUGAGGGAGGUCUACAUAAGCUGUGUUGGGAACGUGGACUGUAAGAUCAGCACAGUACAAAUGCUUGCCAGAAUAGAGCACAAAAUGCUCGAGAUGCUGGAAUGCCUCGAGCUCCAGCCACAAGACAAGUUGAAAAUGCUGAAGGCUGCUAGAGAGAAGGAAACCAGAAUGAGACUGAGGGAGGAGAAGGCCCGCUUAAAGCAACAGCAUCAGGAGGAGAGGAUCAGAGUAGCCCUGGAGAGAGCCACACGUGCUGCCAAAAAAUGGGCUGGUAGAAAACUGAUGGGACGAUCUGAGCCCCCUGCGAUCAAGAAAAAUGAUCAAAAUCAUUUGAUGGCAACAAAAGAACAGGAGGAUUUGUUGUAUUUCUUUUCUUAAUUUACGACGUGCAAAUAGCAAGCAAGCGUAGUAACUUUGUGAUAUAUUUUAACUCACGCAAGUCAGUUCAAAUGUACUGUGUGUAGUUUUCUUUAUAGUAUUGCACUACGAUAUGUUCAAUCUGGCUCAGUUGUGUACAAGAAUAGAUCUACUCAGGAUCUGCUACUGUUAAGUAUUAAAGGCUUUUAGAGUUUGGA